AGAUUAUGCAGAUGGUCGUCGCGGCCGCGCAUUGUGUGUGCGCAGCCGGUCCGGGCCUGUGUGUGUCACACUGUCACUAAGACAGAAUAGGGUGUGGGCCCCGGAGCCGUGUGUGGUAUAGGUUGCUGCGGUCACCGGGGUGUUAAACCUCAUAUAACUCUCACAACUGGAACUAUUGGAGGGCACCGAGAAGGAAAGUUACAGGCUUGAAGGGAAGUACCCAGGGCUGGGAAGGGGGAGGGAAUGAAGAUGGCGGAUGCCAAGCAGAAGAGGAACGAGCAGCUGAAGCGCUGGAUCGGUUCGGAAACUGACUUGGAGCCGCACGUCAUCAAGAGGAAAAAGACCAAGGUAAAGUUCGAUGACGGAGCUGUGUUCUUGGCCGCCUGCUCCAGCGGGGACAGCGAGGAGGUACUCAAAUUGCUGGACAGAGGAGCCGACAUCAACUACGCUAAUGUGGACGGACUCACCGCCCUGCACCAGGCCUGCAUUGACGAUAACCUAGAUAUGGUAAAAUUUCUUGUGGAAAAUGGAGCCAGUAUUAAUCAACCAGAUAACGAAGGCUGGAUACCACUGCAUGCUGCUUCUUCCUGUGGAUAUAUUGACAUUGCUGAGUAUUUAAUUAGUCAUGGAGCAAAUGUUGGUGCAGUUAAUAGUGAAGGAGAUACACCUUUGGAUAUUGCUGAGGAAGAGCCUAUGGAAGAACUCCUUCAAAAUGAAGUUAAUCGUCAAGGUAUUGAUGUUGAGGCAGCUAGAAAGGAGGAAGAGAGGGUAAUGCUUCGAGAUGCAAGACAGUGGCUUAACAGUGGACAGAUAAAUGAUGUCCGGCAUACAAAAUCAGGUGGAACAGCACUUCAUGUAGCUGCAGCUAAAGGUUACACAGAAGUUUUAAAGAUUUUAAUUCAAGCAGGAUAUGAUGUGAAUAUUAAAGAUUUUGAUGGUUGGACCCCACUGCAUGCAGCAGCACACUGGGGUAAAGAAGAAGCUUGUAGAAUCCUUGUAGAAAAUCUCUGUGACAUGGACAUUGUCAAUAAAGUGGGUCAAACUGCUUUUGAUGUUGCAGAUGAAGAUAUUUUAGGAUAUUUGGAAGAACUUCAAAAGAAGCUAAAUCUGCUGCUUAGUGAAAAACAAGAAAAGAAGUCACCGCUUAUUGAGUCUACUACUACUAUGGAAAACAAUCAAUCCAUGAAAACCCUAAAAAAUAAAGAAACCUUAAUUAUUGAGCAUGAAAAAAAUGUGUCAACAAUUGAAUCCCUUGAACAAGAAAAAGCUGAUGAGGAAGAUGAAGGCAAGAAAGAUGACUCUAGCUGUUCUAGUGAGGAAGAGGAGGAGGAAGAUUCAGAAUCUGAAGGAGAAACAGAUAAAACGAAACCAUUGACAUCGGUAAAUAGCGCAAAUAGCAACACCACACAGAUAACAACUGUUACAACUCCGGCUCCUUCAAUACCCUCCAGUCACGUUGCACCUUCAAUACUCUCUGGUCAAGUGACACCGACGUCACCGGUGAAAAAGUGUGAUUUCAUUGAUCCUUUUAUGCCAGUCAUGGAGUCCAUACAUCCUACAUUAUGGAGACAGGGCUUGCGCAAAACUGGCAUUGUCCUUGUGCCAAGUAAAGGUGACAAAUUUCUGUUUCCCACUCCAGCAAGCAAAAUUUCUCCUAAAGAAGAUGAGCGCAAAGAUGAAUCCCCAGCUUCUUGGCGACUUGGACUUCGUAAGACUGGAAGCUAUGGUGCAUUGUCUGAAAUAACUGCUUCAAAAGAAUCUCAAAAGGAAAGAGAUUUUACUGGUGUUAUGCGUUCAGCUUCAAGUCCAAGACUUUCUUCAACUUUAGAUAACAAAGAAAAGGAGAAAGAUGGAAGAGGAACUAGACUUGCAUAUGUUGCUCCUACUAUACCAAGACGUCUAGCAAGCACUUCUGAUAUUGAAGAGAAAGAAAAUAGGGACUCUACACUUGGAUUCUUACGUAGUUCCUAUGCAAGGAGGAAAUGGGAUGAAGAUCUGAAGAAGAACAGUUCUGUAAAUGAACUUUUAAAUACAACUUUUCAACGCAGUAGCUCUUUUGGUAGAAGACAAGAUGAGCUGAUUGGUUCAAAUAUUCAAAGCACAACAGCUGCAUCAACACUGACUGUUACCUCUACUGGACUUUCGAAAGGUCCACUUUCCAGCACUACUGGUACUGCAAGGACAACGGGUUCUUUUUCAAGCUUAUCAAGCAGUAUCACAAACCGUUUAUGGGGUGACGAAAGUACUGAAAAAGAUAAAGACAAUGUUCCUACAGCUGUCACUGUUCCUGUUGCACCUACAAUUGUAAAUCCUGCUGCAACUUCCACGACUAUAACAACAACUUUCACUGGCACUGUUCCGUCUGCAACCGAAGUCAGGGAAAGGCGCAGGUCAUAUCUCACUCCAGUUCGUGAUGAAGAAUCAGAGUCCCAAAGAAAAGCUAGGUCACGACAAGCUAGACAAUCCAGGAGAUCUACCCAGGGUGUAACGUUAACAGAUCUUCAAGAAGCAGAAAGAACUAUCGGUAGGAAUCGUUCCACUCAACCGAGAGAGCAAGAAAAUGAAGAAAAAGAAAAACAAGACAAAGAAAAACAAGAAGAUAAGAGGGAAUCUGAAACUAAAAAUGAUGAUUACAGACAGAGAUAUUCACGCAAUACAGAAGAGCCUUUUCAUCGGUACAGACCAGUAUCAACUACAAGUACCACUACUCCUUCGACUCCAUCACUUUCCUCUUCAAGUAGUUCUCUAUAUACUUCAAGUCAAUUAUUAAAUCGACCAAAUAGUCUAACAGGUAUAUCUUCUGCGUACUCAAACCUCUCGAGGAUUUCAGCCAAAGAUCUUGAAAAAGAUACUGAAAGAAAAGAAGAGGAGAAAGAAACAGAAGAUAAACAGUCUAAAUCCAUAAGAGAACGUAGGAGACCAAGGGAGAAACGAAGGUCUACAGGAGUUUCCUAUUGGACUCAGGAUAGUGACGAAAAUGAUCAAGACCAUAAUUCUGAUACAGAGGAAGGAACAAACAGGAGAGAGACUCAGGUUGAUAGCUUAUCAAGGUACAACCCAGUCCCUUCCAGUAUUAUUUCAAGUGAUCGUUAUGAUUCUAUUAUUGGCCAUCCUGGGUCCUCUGGUUACUUAGAAUCUAGAAAACUUUAUCACAGUAGACUAGAAAGAGAAGACUCAACAGAUUUUAAAAAGCUAUAUGAACAGAUUAUGGCAGAAAAUGAAAAACUGAAAGCACAAUUACAUGAUACCAACUUGGAAUUGACGGAGCUUAAGUUACAAUUAGAAAAAGCAACUCAGCGGCAAGAGCGAUUUGCGGACAGAUCACUUUUAGAAAUUGAGAAAAGGGAAAGAAGAGCUUUAGAAAGACGAAUAUCUGAAAUGGAAGAAGAACUUAAAAACCUACAUCAAGUAAAGCAGAUUCAAACAUUGAGGCAGUUAAAUGAACGACUGGUGACUGAGAAUAGGGCUUUGACCAGAGUUGUUGGCAAACUGUCAGAGUCCUGUAGACAUCUACAGUCUGUGGACUUAUAAUUUCCUCUCUCCAUUUCUUCUUCAUUCACUUGCCAGAUGUUACCUGACCUGAAAGCAGACAACCAGAGGUUAAAAGAUGAAAAUGGAGCCUUAAUCAGAGUUAUAAGCAAACUUUCCAAAUAAUCAAAGGUUUACUGCAGCAGCAAUUUGAUGACAUUGCACAUUAGUUACGCCAGUGGACCAUAACAUGAGUCACUGGAUUUGAGGGAAUAUUCCUUGGCGACUGUAAUAUUCAGAAAUCCUGCCAAACCUCCCUCUUACCUGUAUCGUUUUCUUUGUACAAAAACAUUUGUUUUGUAUUAAAACUCAGCUGCUGAGGAGAGAAAAUGACUAUGAAUUCUUGUUUACAGUUACAACAUGCAAGGAAAGUGUUCAAGGCCAGAUGCCUCCAAUAUUUAACCAAUAAGCCUUAGUUGUACAUAAAAAAAAAGUUUGCAAUCAAAAAAUAUGCUUUCUGCUCUCCUUGAAGACCGUUACUAAACCAUUAUCAUCGUGCCACACUCAUCCGUUUUAUUUCUUCCUGACGUUUCUUGUUACCUUUAUAUACUUUUCUGUUGUGGCAUUAACUCCUCCCAGCCAGUGUGUCAGUGUUUCUCCAUAUUCAAUUUUUUUACAUCUUUCAGCAGUUUACAACAGCUACAUAUAUUUAAGAUGACUUUAUGCUUGUUAAAAUACCAAAUUAUCUUUGCUAUUUUUGACUACUCUGACAUCAGUAGAGGUAACUGCAUUCAUCAUUUGUGCAAUAUUCAUUUCCAAUAUGAAAAGCUAGCACUGUUUCAUUGUAGCCUUCACAUUGUGUUUUAAGAAAUUUAUUUAAUAUACUCAAUAAUAUGCCUUUCUCACAUUCAUUUUAGCAGGUACUGAGUGAUUGUAUGUGUGUGUGUGUAAGCGUAUGCAUGUAUGUUUGUGUAUAUAAUAAGUAUUGUAUGCACAUACAUAUACACAUAGUGUGUGCUUGUAGUUAUAUAUAGAUAUACGGAUAUCUAUAUAUAAUUAUGGAGAAUUCUGUGUUGUGUUUCCAGACCACUAUGUGGCAUGCUCAAGACUUUCCUACUUUCAAUGUCUGUUACUCCAGAUUAGGUUGUUCCUAAAUGGUGAUUUUAAUACAGUUUAGUAAUUUUAUGGUAUAUUUUCUAUUUUAUGGAGGUGUGACUUUAGAGUAAACUGUAAAAUAUUCAGAUUUCUUUUCAUUUUAUGUCACCAUUAUUAAAAGUAUAUGUAACUGUUUCACUACAUUUCAUGUUUCUUUGAGUGCCGUCUGAAUCGUUUGAGCUAGCUUGCGUAAUGUCACCCAACGUAUCCCUAACUCGCACACUAUUGUGUAUAUGCAGUUUUCAUGUCAUUAGACAUGUAUCUUAAUACCACCAUCAUAUCUCUGUUUUCUACAUUUCAGUGGCCUUUUUUGCAGAAAGUAAACAUUAUUAUAAAUAUGUAUGUGUAUACAGUUAAGUGAGGAUGUUUUUGUUAGCUUUUAUAUUUUCACUGAACCAUGAAAGUAAUUAUAUAUUAAUGGCAUAUUAACUAUUUAAUCCACUGAAACAGUUCAGCCAUUAAAACAAAAUUGUAAAUUGUAAUGCUUGCAGCAGCUAUUGUGGUGUUAAUUAUAAUGUAUACUAUAUUGAAUGUGAAAUAGUACCCCUGUCAUUUACAAAAAAGGUCAUUGUGAUCUACUGCCUAUUUUGUGGGUAUUUGUUUUUUGUUUUUUUUCGGUAAUCUAAACUUCAUGUCCUGUUUGGUUGCUUAGUUUUAUGAAGAUACAUUGUCUUGCUCUUACUGCCAAGCUCAGGAUUUUUAAAGGUACAAAGAUAGCUGUGGGAUUGUUUUGUUCAAUUCAUUUGAUAUGUAUGUGGGGCAGCAGAGAUUUGCAUCAAAAUGCAAAAGAAAAAUGUACAGUUGCAAAUUUGUAGAUCUACAGAUAUUAUGUGAUGCAAAAUGAGUUGUACUAUGGAUUGUAUUUGGUAAAGCUUUGGGUGUCUGUGAAGAAUGAUUAAAUAUUUCUAAUAUUUUAGUAUUUUAUAUUUAGGUUAUUUAUUCUUUAAAACAAAAUGGCUACUGUGCUACAUUGGUUUUAUUGGUAGUACAGAGCAGGCUUUGUAUCUGCAUGAAACUAGUUUAAAAAAAAAGAUCUUUUGGAGAAAAACAUGUAUUUUGACAUAUUCAAAUAAAAAUGAAUAAACUAUUUUCAUUGUGCGCAUCAACAUGUGACAGGGUAAUUGUACUGGGACAUCUUCAAGUUAAGCAUUGCUGGGCAUUAAAUGUUAAAAUUAUGAAAGAAAAUCAUGGUGGAUGUUUGUGCACAUUGCAUUUGCAUGUGUUUAAAAAUGUUUUACUAGUUUGGGUGAAACGUCCAUAUUAACCAAACACUGCUUGUGAAAUAAAGAACAUAGUAAAAAGA